AUGUCCAAUGUUAUAUUUCACAUUCAAAUUGCACGGACAAACAGUGUCUGUGGUGAAAACGAUGUGCGACUCAAUGACCAAAAGCUCGCGUUCACCUGGGAUGGAGCCAAUGCUGUCGGAGAUGGUAUAGUUACUGCCCAGUUAAUGGGACGAAAAGAAGGCGUUAAUUUACGUCUGCAUUGGAGAAGCUUGUGCAUUGCCAGUCCCAGAGGAUCUAUUGGAGACUAUGCUGCCCAGAUACUCACCUUCACAUUUUAUCCUGCAGGCCAGGAAGAAGGAAAUGACACAUCUGGCUUUGCUGUCUCAUUCAAUUCCGUGGAUAAACCGGAGAUUUUGCGUCUCGUAACUUCGCCAGCACCAACUACUAAUGAACCCUCGGUUCUGGAAGAAUGGCUGAAAGCCAGUGGGAAUGACAGGCUACACCAAGAGAGUCUUGUCAAGAGCCAUCCCAUCACAGAUUCUGAGUUAGAAGAACAGCUCAAGGAACUACAUAAACUAAGAGACCAAGCCAAGGCUCUCGACGACGUUAUCAAGGAGAAAGAUGAAAAGAUCCGUGAACACCUUUUUGAUGACUGUACCAAUCUUACUGCGCAGCUCAAGGAGUGUAAGACCUUACAGUGCUUCAUAUCAGCUACCUUCCAGCUUGUCCCGGACAUGUUCCGUCUCGUGAAACAUCGGUUUGGACCUUUACCAACCUCUUUAGCUGAUAGUCCCUGUCGACCAGUCUCCAAGGUCCGUCAGAAUGGAUCGGAAGGAUAUAAAGGGAAAAACAGUACAAGUCCAUACCACAUACCUCAUGCAGUCGGAUCUAACAAUACAUCCAUUAUGGACUCUACACAAAAUUCCAAUACAGGUUGGACAGAACCAUCACCUGCAAAUUCCCCUCCCUCAAAUCAACUACCUUCUCGUUCAGCCAUAAUAAAACAUGUCAUUCGUGACUUCGCUUUCGUCUCCCUCUUUGUGGCUGUUCUAUACAUGCUCCUGAAACAUUGCGGAAAUUCAAUAAGCUGUCGAAGACGUCGAGUAGAUAUGCUAGCUCGUCGUGAGCAGAGACGAACACUACACGCGUACCGAGCAGCAGCGUGCCGAUACCGACUUAGACAAUGGUGGCAUAGACUGCUCGGCCGUGAAGACACGACUCCCAUAGCUCAGUCUCCGACUACUCCUAUCAACGGUCAGCAAAACGAUACCAUCCGGAUAUCAACUUUACCUCCUGGCUCUUUGACUCCAGAAUCAGAGGACGAUACAAUGCCGAAUGAAAUCCUGGGGUUGCGACGUGUAUUUGAAUUUGUCGGGGAACUCGUGAAUCCUAACGAGCCCUCUGCUGCCAGUGAUCGAGUACAAUCUAGACUCGCAGCUCAAGAUAUUACUGAAAUCACUGCGCGGAGAUACGCAGCAGGAACACCAGCCCCAUCAUCCACCGCUCCUUUGACCACAAUUGGAUCUCCAAGGGCAAGUACCAGCAUACUUAGUUUUGAGACUGAUUCAGAAGAUACGGUCGACAGCCUUGAUCCAGAAACAGCCACGAUGAUGAGUGGAUAG